CCACUGGAGAAUCCGCUGUAGAUUCCACUGGAGAAUCCGCUGUAGAUUCCACUGGAGAAUCCGCUGAAGAUUCCACUGGAGAAUCCAGUGAUAAUGACGAUGACGAAGAUGACAAUGUUACUACUACUAACACUGCCAAGCCAGUGAAGAAGCACGUUCGUCCCUUCUGGCCCAGGUUCGGAGGUCAUGGUCCAGUUGUGAUCAGGCGUCAUCACGGCCUCGUCAAGGUCUAAGCCCUAAAAAGCUUCUAUAUAAACCUGUUUUCCAUAUUUCUCAAUCUUCUCUAAAUAAAUAAAUUUCACUUUCAAAACAUAAAUGUGUUUAAAACAGUUGUUUCUAAUAUCGCACUGAACAGUGUUGUUCGAAACGUUGAGGAAAUGCGUGCCUUGUGUGUUCUAAGUUUGAUCGCAUGUUGGAGUAUAGCCCUAAUCUCCACAAAGCCAAUUAACGAAUCAGCUGAUCGGGAAGAAUAUAAGCCGCUCAAUAAAACUGAAAUAGCUAAAAUGAUUGAAGAACUACAGUUACUGGAAAAAUUAGCCAAUGAAACAUAUUAUUCAUCAGAUCCCACUACUAAGGAUACAUAUUUGAGCAAAGAUCCAGAAGCAGAUGAAACUAUAGAUCCAACUAGAGAGGAAACAAAAAAGGCAAAUGGUGAGACUGGAGAAGAUGAAGGGUUUAUGGUGGAGGACGAGGAAGAGGAAGAUGAAGCCACUGUGGACAGGCCCACUGAAUCACAACCUUUGAAUUUUCUCCGAUAUCCCAAACAUGAGCCCGACUACAAGGCUUACCCACGUUUUGCCAUCCUCCGAAAUGGCUAUGUUCAUCACAUGAAUUUUAAUUUUUAGUGUACGCAUUGAAUCCCAAAAUAAAUGAUAAUGACGUGUUCUCAAGCACCAUUUAGCUUAUUUUGCUAGAUGGGGAAAUUCCGACGGCAGUUAGGUUUACACAGCUGUCACUCUAGACAAAAGUUAGAAACGGGCUACCUCUGUACGAGUUUG